CAUUCAAUCGUUGAUUAUGACAGGAUUAAACACCUUGUUUCUUCGUCUUCUCACUGCGGUUCUGUGUUGUGAACCGUGCUUCCUAUAAUUAUGCAACAAUCAGCAAGCAGGCAUUCAAAUUGACCCAGAGUGAAACCGGACCUCUUCAGCGUAAUACUUGGCUGCUGAGCCGGAAUCAUUUUCACGUUCAAAUUCUUGGUUCAACAUUUUGAUGUCCUCUAUGUCUUCAAUCAUAUCACUUUCACUGUCACUGUCAUUCUCUUGAGCAUCCUUGAAUUCUUGUUGAGCUUGUAGCCGUUUGGAUGAGGAAUUAUCUGGUCAAAAUUUUGCAAUAUAAGAAGAUAAUUGUUAAUAAGAACAGGACCUCCCCCUAUGAAACAGUCAGAAUGGUUUCAUGAAAGUGGCAUUAUAUCUUACUGCGAGCGAGGCUUGGUAUCUUAAUUGUGGUUGUGGGUAUUGCAGGUUCAAGGGUAUGACUUUCCACCAUUGCUACAGAAGCCUGACCAAUGGCGGUAGAAGGUGUUCUUGCCAUCUUGCGACGUGUAGUUGGUGCCGGUGUCGGUGUCUUUAGGACAUUCUGCAAUGGCUGUGGAGUAAGAUCUGCCGGACCAGUCUUGUUUUUUCGCCUUCAUGAAGACUGGUAUGCAGGUACUGCCAGAGCACUUUUCAGU